AUGACUGGAGAACGGAUGAGACUGCAGCACUCUUCGGAGUUCUAUGAUUUUCCCACAGAACUACUCCUUGAAGCGAAACCCAGAAUUCCACACCACCCUUCCCCAAGGGUGCCUCCACCUCCUACCCACCGGCUCAGGCUUGGGCAGGGCCUCCCAAGACUCAGCCUGGAAGGCGGGCAGGCACCGUGGGCCGUGGAACCUACAGCAGGGCCUGUGCUCUACCAGAAGCUGCUGGUCUGGGAACCAAGCUUCGAGUCUGAGGAGGAAGAGGGGGAGAUAUUGGAGCAGCUCAUUCCAGAUCCCUUGGGGCCCCGGGACUCCUCUGGGAACAAGGCUGGCAGUCUGCCCGGGGCCUGGGCCCAACUGGUGGCUGCCCGGCUGCUGCUGGCCGUUGCCUUCUCCCUAGCCAUGAGGCAACUCCGCAGCAGUGUUGCCUCUCCAGGAACCUUGGGCUGUGGGGCCCCUCCAGCCAGUGGGCACUCCCACAGGCCUGGCGUGUCCCACCGUGGCAGCAUCGUCGGCCCUGCAGCUGCGUGCUGUCACCUGGGUCGAGAGCUGUUUGUUGCCGGGGGCAACGUCGUGGAUGCUGGAGUUGGAGCAGCUUUGUGUCUGGCGGUGGUGCACCCUCAUGCCACAGGGCGAGGUGCCGUGUUCUGGGGCCUCUUCCAUAGUAGCUCCUCGGGCAACUCAACUGCCCUGACGUCAGGCCCUAGUCAGACCCUGGUCCCCGGCCCGGGGCUACCCUCGGCUCUGCCUGCCCUGCAUCUGCUACACACACGCUUUGGCCGCCUGCCCUGGCCACACCUGCUGGUAGGCCCCACCAUGCUGGCUCAAGAGGGCUUCUGGUAGACACAUCCCUGGCCAGGGCUCUGGCAGCCCAGGGCUCUGGCAGCCCAGGGCACGAAGGGCCUCUGUCUCCUACUUUGCCACACUGGUGGGACUGCCCUGGGGCGAGCCACCAACCCCAAACUGGCAGCUGUGUUCCCGGCUGCACUUGCCACCGCCCCAGACCUUGCUGGGGAUGCUCUACGGAGUCUGCUGGCCGGAGACCUGGGGCUGGAGGGCCCCUCAGCUAGGCCCGUGCGCACCUUGGAGCCAGCACUGCAGACACCUGUGCCCCAGGGCAUCCUGUUCACCAGCCCCUCAGCUGGCCCGGAACUCCUGGAGCUGCUGGAGGCAGCUCUACAGUGCUGGAGGCGCAGCCCUGCCCCCUGCCCAGCACCCCUACAAGCUGCUGUCACCCCCGGGAGCAGUGUCCUGGCCACCUCCUCGCUCAACAGUUCCUUCGGCUCUGGACACCUGUCCCCAAGCACCGGGGUUCUACUCAGCGACCUGGUGGCCGAGUCUGUAGACAGUGCCUGGGCCUUUCCCCUCAUCCUUCUUGACAGCUCAGAUGACGCAGAGGCCGACGUGUUGGGGCUCGUGCCUUCAGGGACCCCUGCAGCUGCAGUCGUGACUCACACACUGCUCAGCCAUGCGGCUGGGCCCCAAACCCAGGCCCAGCAAGCACCAACGGAGAGCCCUGGAGCUUGUGGCCGAGGGGCCCUGCUUCAGGUGGCAGCCCACGCAGCCCAUGCCUUCAGUGUCCCCUGUGGCUGCUGCCCCUUUCAGGGGUUUUAAGGUGGGGCAGUGCCUGGCAGGGGUGGGUGGGAGUAGGGGCUCAAGCCUGGAGGCCAGGGCCGAGCGGGCCCAGCAGCAGUGGGGUACAUGACGAGUGUGAAUCAAUCACGUGCCUACUGCUGGCUUAGGGCCUCAGCUUCUGGCCUGAUCAGUCGCCUGGACUUGAGUAUUUUCAGCUAAGGAACCCGAGGACAAUGAGGAAAGAACACCAGGGCCGGGGACAGCCGUGAGUUCAGAUCCGGCUCUGGGAAGGACGGGUGGAAGAAAGCUACGCCCCUCCCUCAGCU